AUGUUAUUUCGGCUUCUCGAGGGCCGCAUGGCGGCCGCCCCGCGGCCGGCGAAUUACGCCCAGCUGGCGAAUUCCUGCCAGCGCCUCCGCGCCUCCACCUCGGCGGAUCGCGCAGCCGCGAUGUUCAUCCCCGCCGCGCGGGAGUUCGCCCUGCCGCCGCCGCUCCCGGGCUCGCCCUUCUCCCCCGCGAACCUCCCGAUCAACGGGGCGACGUCGUACGCCGGGCAGGAGGAGUUUAUCCGCGCCCAGUGCCGAUUAUUGCGGGCGGACACCUUCGAGGCCACCGCCCGUUUGCUCCCCGCGGUCUGCGCCGACCUGCCGGGCUACCACCCGAGCGACGAGACGAAGUCCGACGUCGCCCACGCCCGGCUUUUCGGGCAGGUUCGUUUUUUGGCCCGGGUCGUCGCCGAGGAUCGCGAUUUCGCCCAUCCCGACGGCUACAUCCUAGAAGUUCAGCCCAUAGGGGGGGGCGCGGGGGAUUUUUCGGCCCAUUUGCACCCCGGCGCGACGGUUUGUAUCACCACAGGCCUCCACCCCGAGCGGCUGGAGGAGGGGGAGAUGUUCUGGGGCGUCGUCUCCUCCGGGAAUGCGAAAUUGCGCGAGUUGGGUGCCAUCGUCGUCGCGCCGUGCGAGUUCGGCGCCUCGUUUGCCGGGCUCCAGGCCAACCUGCGGCGAAACGAGCACGCGGGCCGCGCGGACCGCUCCCUCCUUCUGGAGACCCCGAUCUUCAUGUCGGGCUAUCUGAGUAUUAUGAAGGCCCUGCGCGCCUUUCUCGGGCCGCUGGCCAUUCCGCUGCCGAUGGGCGGGCUGAUUAUCCCGCGUCCGGCCCCCGCCGCGGCCGUCGGGAGCGCGCGGGCGGGGGGGCUUUUACCCCACAUCCCCCUGCACUGCGGCUACGCCUUUGAGGAGAUCGUCGGGGAUAUCCGCGGCCGCGCGGUGCUGGAUGCGGGGCAGGACGCCCUGAUGCGGGAGCUGCCCUACGCCGAGGUGCUGCUCGUCCAAGGCCCCCCCGGGACGGGCAAGUCCUUCAUCGGCUGCCGAGUCGUGGAGGCCUAUGUGCGGUAUAAACAACUCCUGGCCUCGGGGGAUAUCCUCCAGCGGGUGGACGCGGAUCUCCUCAGCUCCACCCGCCUGGACGCACUUCUGCCCGUGAUGGGGCCGAUUGUGGUGAUCACCUACAAAAACCACGCCCUGGACGAGUUUUUGGUGGAUUUGUUGAAUAUCGGGCUCUGGGAUGAGGGCCGGCCCCAGGUCGGCCAGCAGUUGGCCGCGGCCGCGGCGAGGGCCGGCCCUCGGGGCGCCUUCGCCAGGGCCAGUCUCAUCGGGAGCCCCGAUGUCUUCCCCGGUGGCCGGCGAUUGGUCCGGAUUGGGGGCCGCUCCAAAGAGCCGCGGCUGGACCCGCACAACUUCGGCGCCCUUCUCCAUUCGAUGACGGAUAAGUACCUGAUCAAGAACCUCCGAGAGCGCAUCGCCGUCCUUCAGCAGCGCAUCGAGCGGCUCACGAAGGAGAUUCACUACCUGGAGAAAGGAAAGGUCCCCAAGACGUACUUCCUGCGCUCGUUGACGGCGGAGCAGCAGCAGCACAUCACCUUCGAGGAGCGCGAGGAGUGGUUGCGAGGGGAGCGCUACGUCGGGGAGCCCCUUCACCGGCCCCCUAAGGUGGACCCGAGGGCCUACCUCGAGCGGCUUCGAACCGACUUAGGCGCCGCCCUGGAGUCGGCGGGGGAGCCGAAAAACACCCCGCGCCCGGGGGCGGCCGCCCGAUCCCGCCCCCCUCUCAGGCCCCGCGGUGGGACUGCAGAAGCCCGCCGACGCGGAGGCCGAGGACGUCUCGCUCAGCGUCUUCCAGGAGAUGAAGCGCGAGGACGAGAGCCGCAACCUCAACCCGGCCCUGGACAGCAUCUACCUCUCCCGCGAGGCGAUCCACCUGGCGCAGAACCCCCCGGCCUACCCGGCGGAAGUCCCGGCGGCCUUCGCGUCCCUUUGGAGUUUAGCCCCGGCGGCGCGGCAUUCCUACUACGCCUACCUCAUCCAGCGCAUGAUCGCGGCGAAGGCGAAAACGUGUUUGGCCCUCAUGCAGACGCUCUUUCACGUGGUGCAGAUCCGCAAUCACGCGAUCGACGAGGCCAAGCUGAGCCUGCUGCGCGGGGCGGAUGUGGUGGGGGUCACCACCACGGGCUGCGCGAUGAACCAAAACCUCCUUCGCUCGCUUCGCCCGAGCAUUUUGGUCGUGGAGGAGGCCGCGGAGGUGCUGGAGAUGCAGCUCCUGGCCUGCAUGACGGAUUCCCUCAAGCAGAUCGUGCUGAUCGGCGACCAUUACCAGCUCCAGCCAAAAGUGGAGACCUUCGUGUACGAGAAGGUCAACCGGCUGAACCUGUCGUUGUUUGA